CUGCAAAUGAAUUUGUCAACAAUAUUGUCCUAUAUGUGGAUGUGCUGGCACCCGUCGUAUGGAGCACUACCUGCAAACAUAAAGGUCAGCACAAACAUCUCAACAAAGCCGCAAUCAAUUUAAAGAAAUUUAAAUCAUCAUAUGGCGAGAGCAGCAGCUUUGGGAAAUUACUGCGGUUACCUAAGGCUCUAUUGCAACUACAGCGUCUGAUCCAGACAGCCAAAAUCAAUGAGGAGAGUCGAGCACUUAUAAAUCCUGCAAAG